CACAUGGAAUAUACGGUCACCAGAUGAAGGAAUCCACCAUCCGACCUCAUCUUCAGCAUCAACACGUGGAGGGGAAAUAAUAAGGGGUGGUAAUUUAAGUGGUGGUUCUGGAAAUCAUCCCCCACCACCAUGCUAUCAACAACGUAGCGUACCAUCGUCAUCGACAUCUUCUGGUGGUGUUUCAACAAAUACACCACCUGGUAUCAUCUUAAAGCGAUGUCUUGGGGGUGAACUAAGUGUGGAAGAGAGUGAAUUAUUCAUCAAAAGCCAUCAUCAACAAUCUCAUCCACCGCAUUAUCAUCAUCGACUAAGAACUGAUCCCGAUGAUGGAGCUGGAUCUUCUUGUGUCCCAUCAGCAGAUAGUACAAGUCCUCCACCGUCGCAACAACAACCCCCGCCCCCAUAUUCAUUCAAUAGUGGUGGAUCUUCGGAUAUAGGUGGAGCAUCAACAUCCGUGGGACCUGGUGAUCAUUUAAACAAUAGUGAUAUUGGUGAUUUAAGCGACCGUAGUGGGAAUCUUAGUGCAAAACAUGCUAACUCGAUAAGAGCACAAAUUGAAAUAAUCCCAUGUAAAGUGUGUGGUGAUAAAAGCAGUGGUGUACAUUAUGGUGUGAUCACAUGUGAAGGAUGUAAAGGCUUCUUCAGACGUUCACAAAGUUCUGUUGUUAAUUAUCAAUGUCCACGUAAUAAAAAUUGUGUUGUUGAUCGAGUGAAUCGUAAUCGAUGUCAAUUUUGUCGAUUACAAAAAUGUUUACGAUUAGGAAUGAGUCGUGAUGCUGUGAAAUUUGGUCGUAUGUCAAAGAAACAACGUGAAAAAGUGGAAGAUGAAGUACGAUUUCAUCGAGCACAAAUGCGUGCACAAUCUGAUGCGGCAGCACCAGAUAGUUCCGUAUUUGAACAACAGACACCAUCAAGCAGUGAUCAGUUACAACAUCAUUAUAACGGCGGCUAUGCAUAUAACAGUGAAGUUGGCAGCUAUACACCAUACGCAUACAAUACAACACAAGUGACACCCGGUAGUGGGGCCGGAUCAACAAUGGGUUAUGAAUUAUCAGCAGAUUAUGUUGAUAGUACAACAGCGUACGAUCCACGGCCGAGCCAAUCAAUGGAUCCAUUAGGUCCAGAUACAUCCACACUAAUGACUAGUAAUCAAUUACCAACAGGCGGAAAUGGUGAUAGUAAACUUCCACAACAAUCAAUAAACACUACAAUACAACAAUCGCGUAACAAUAAUCGUAUAACACAAAAUCCAUCAUCGGGAUCGGCGGCAACGCUAUCUAGUGGUACAAGUAUACAACAACAAUCAAUAUCGAUAAAACAAGAAUCUACCACAACACAACAAGAUGGUAGCAGUAGUAAUGUUGAUAAUUUAUCAUCAGUUGGAAGUUAUGUUGAUAGCACAACAUUUAUAAAUUCACCAAUCCCGCCACCAACACGUACAGGUUUGUCAUCAUCGACAUCUUCUUCAGCAGCUUCAUCAUCUUCAUCAUCUGUUGAUAACACAACAGCUAGUAGUAGUACUUCUAAUAAUAAUAAUAACAAUAAUACUAGACAAAAUCAAUCAGCAUCGACAUCUUCUUCAUCGACAACGGUAUCAUCACAAGCCCAACGUAGUACCGAUGCGACAAGUACCAGAACGAUCGUUUGUAGUGAUGAUACUUGUGAACAAAUGAAUAUUGUUCCAAAUCCAGCCGAAAUCAGUGAAUUAUUAUCGAAAACGAUUGCAGACGCGCAUAAUCGAACGUGUAUAUAUUCAUUGGAUCAAAUACAUCAAAUGUUUAAGAAACCACAGACGCAACACGAGAGUCUUAGUCGAUUACUGUACUAUAAAAAUAUGGCACAUGAAGAAUUAUGGUUAGAAUGUGCGCAAAAAUUAACAACUGUUAUACAACAGAUUAUUGAAUUUGCUAAAAUGGUACCAGGUUUUAUGAAAUUAUCACAAGAUGAUCAAAUCGUAUUAUUAAAAGCAGGUAGUUUUGAAUUAGCCGUGAUACGAAUGUCACGGUAUUUAGAUCUCACGGGCGGGCCCGGAGGCACAUGUUGUGUUCUAUAUGGUGAAACAUUAUUGCCUCAAGAUGCCUUUUUUACAUCAGAUACAUCUGAAAUGAAAUUAGUCACGUGUGUGUUCGAAAUUGCGAAGGGUGUUGCUGAAUUAAAAUUAACUGAAACUGAAUUAGCCUUAUAUUCUGCGUGUGUUUUGUUAUCGCCAGAUCGACCUGGAUUACGGGGAGUAGCAGAAAUCAGUCGUUUAUCACAAGCUGUGCUGCGAGCGCUAAAAGCUGAAUUGGAUCGAAAUCAUGCAUUGCCAAUUAAAGGUGAUGUCACUGUUUGUGACGCACUGCUAACAAAAAUACCACAAUUAAGGGAAGUGAGUAUGUUACAUAUGGAGGCCUUAGGUAGAUUGAAACGUUCAGCACCGCAUCUAGAAUUCCCAGCAUUACAUAAAGAGUUAUUCAGUGUGGAUAGCUGAGCCAUUGUUGUGACCACAUCAUCAACGAUCACAAAUAAUGACAAUAGUACUACUAAUAUUAUCAACAACAACAACAAUAACAACAAUACACAACAAACAUCAACAAUUAAAAUGAUCAACAAUACAAAAUCUGUAAUAACAGCAGCUAGACCAUAUAAUAAUAACAACAAUACUACGUUGAAUACUUUAUCAAAUAAUAAUUAUCAUUAUUAUCAUCAUACUUCAUCAUCGUUAUCGUCUUCAUCAACCACAACUGCCUCCUCAACUUCAUCAUUAUCAUCUUCAACAAUGACUCAUCAUUUUAAUAAUAAUAAUAAUAAUGCUAAUAAUAAUCAACUUUAUACACAACAAUCAACAACAAUUACCAAUGCAGCAAAUGAUAAUUUCUUCUUACAUCCUGGAUCUAUAGAUCAUCAUCGACAAACAAAUGAACACAACACGUUGAGCAUGAUAUUAUAACGGGGCCUUUGCAAUUGCCAUGAUUCCUUUAAAUGAAUGUGACGGCCUU